AUGUCGCGCACCGUAUUGCCAAGCUUAGAAAAUUUGGAAGAUGAUGAUGAAUUUGAAGAUUUCGCUACAGAAAACUGGCCUAUGAAAGAUACAGAACUCGACACUGGCGAUGAUACCCUGUGGGAGAACAAUUGGGAUGAUGAGGACGUUGGCGAUGAUGAUUUUUCUGCUCAGCUUCAAGCUGAAUUAAAAAAGAAGGCAGUCACUACGAAUUAA